AUGGCCACCAAACACAAAGCUACUGAAGUAAAUAAUACUAAUGGGCCUUCCAUUGAGAAGGAAGCUUUUGUUGUCAACGAUGCAAACCAAGCAUCAGCAUCAGAUGUCGAGGAGAGUAACGCAAAACAAGCGUCGGUCUCGAUUAGAAAGGUCAAGGAACUUCAAGUCUACGCUCCCAAUCGCAACUUUCAGAAACGCAGAAAGCUGUUGAUCAAAAAGGCCAGGAGACUGUUGAGAAGAACAAGAAACGACCUAUUAAUCACGUUCAAUUUUGUACUGGAAGAUGUAGAUGAGCUUAUUGCCAACUAUCCAACGACCGAACUUGAAGGAAAGCAGAUAGAGAUCAUGCAAGUGUGCUACGCAUUCAGCGUUCAUUGUCUCGCUUCCAAAGAGCAAAAAUCACUCAACGCAGCAGCAUAUCACCAUAAGCAAUUGAUGAAAACCAUCAGACCUCAUCAACACAGAUUCCUUGCCAAGCAAUGGAAUAAAACCGAUCUUCUCAUCGAUUUUCGAUCUGUGGAAUACAUCCACUAUGAUCUGCAUUCCGACAGUUCAUCCAGUUACCAGAUUUAG